GGCGCCCUCGCUCAGCUUCCCCGACACCAUGGCCGGGCUCCGGCUGGCCGCUUUCGGCUUGCUCUUCUCGGCCUGGGCCGGCAGCCGCGCCCCGCUUGCCCAGCUCGACGCCGCCUCGGCCGCUUGUCCGCCCUGCGCGCCCGCCCAGUGCCCCGAGCUGCCGGCCCGAGGCUGCCCGCUGGGCCAGGUGCUCGACGGCUGCGGCUGCUGUCCGCAGUGCGCCCGGGGCGAGGGCGAGGCAUGCGGUGGCGGGGCCGGCGGCUGGGGUCGCUGCGCGGCCGGCCUGGAGUGCCGUCGUCGGCGCAAGGGCCUGCCCGGCUCCUGCUUCUGCAAGAGCCGCUACCCGGUGUGCGGCAGCGACGGCCUCACCUACCCCAGCGCCUGCCAGCUGCGUGCCGCCAGCCUGCGCGCCCAGAGCCGAGGCGAGCGCCCCGUCCAGCAGCGCAGCAAGGGGCCCUGCGAGCAAGGACCAUCCAUUGUGACGCCCCCUAAAGAUAUCUGGAAUGUCACUGGGGCACAGAUUUACCUGAGCUGCGAGGUCAUUGGAGUUCCAACCCCAGUACUUACCUGGAACAAGAUAGUGAAGGGCCAAAGGACAGAGCUGCUGCCAGGCGAUCGGGAGAAUUUAGCCAUCCAGACGCGUGGGGGUCCGGAGAAGCAUGAAGUGACAGGCUGGGUAUUGAUAUCCCCUUUGAACAAAGACGACAGCGGAGAAUACGAGUGCCACGCAUCGAAUUCUCAGGGAGAAGCAACAGCGUCGGCGAGAAUUACUGUGGUUAAUUCCUUGCAGGAAAUACCCACUGUGAAAGGUGGCGAGGCCGAGCUAUGAAAAGCAAACAAUCUCUGUCGUGUGCAGAGAGGGAAGAUGCUCUCAUCUACAUCAGCUUCGGCUAGUCUUCCAGAAGUCUACAGCUUCCGUUCUUUACUGCUCCUCUGUGACCAGUUAUUCUUCUUCCAUAAUUUUUGCUAAGGUGCCAACAGUGGGAAAGGGGUCUA